UGCACAAUGUCGCAAGAAUUGAUCGAUUUGGAGGAAAUAGUGAAGAAAUGGGUUGCCGAUUUCCCACUGGAUGCUAAACAACGUAAAGAGGCUGAUGACGUCAUAUCGACGGACAUAAAUUGGAAACAUUUACGUGUGCAGCACGGGGACACGCAAUAUUUUGACCAAAUAAAGGCAACAACACCAAAGUCACACGUGCUUUUCACAGCCCAUUUCACGAACGACACUGACCAAAAUCAGGUUUACACCUUAAAAACGGAAAGACGAACAAAAUCUACUUGUACGCUGUCUUUAGAGAAAAGUUAUACCUACGGUUUUAAUGUCGAUAUAAAGCUGACGCCUCCAAAUCCGGUCAUAGAGGCCAAUGCCGGCUUUAAGGGCGAACUGGGUCUGACUAAAGCAAGCGACGAAACUUUCGAAGAGGAGCUGCUAUGGUCAGUUGAUAACCAGAUAACUGUCCCGCCAAAAUUCAAAACAAAAGCCAACCUCGUUAUUAAGGAGGAUGAAUACACCAGUCAUUUUAAAACAGAGAGCAAGUUUGAAGGCAGAAUCCACGUGACAUUACGUCAUAAAAAAGAUAACACUCCUAUUACGACCCUAACCACUGACGUUAAGAGGCUGUUUACUGGAGACAAGGGGUUCCGAGUGGACAAAUCGGGGAUAUAUUUCGUCACUCAAGGGCGGUGUCGCUGUAGGUUCGGCAUAGAACAGCAUGUGAAACUGUCACAAACCAAGGUUGAUGAAAUCACGGAAGACGAGGGUGUCGGUGAGGUGGAUACAACGUCAUGAUGACGUCAUUUAUUCCGUCGCAUUACUUGUCUUAGUUUGCAUGUUGUGUUUGAAAGUGAAAUUCAGCAUUACAAAUAGGACAAUCAUGCGUGUUGAUGAGUCGCCUUCGUGUUUAUUUGGAGAAAAAUGGGGAAUGUAACAGAAGUUCUCCUAAAUAUGUAUACAGCUAUUACUGCAAUAUUUCUCAACAAUGUGCUUGAAUGAGAGAAUUCGUGACGUCAUUUUUGUGAUAAUUACAAUUGGUUGUUGUUAUGCCUUGGAACUAUUUGACAAGUGAUAGUGAUGACGUGUGAUUGGAAUUUUUCCCGUGAUUCAAUGUGCUAUAGGAGAGGUUGUGUUGAGUAAAGUUCUUUUCCAAUUUUCUGGAUCGGUACAUCUUUCCUAACUGGCUGACAUCUCUUUUCAAUACAGUGAUACACUUACGAUGAGCUGCACGUGGCGAGGGCAACUUUCCAUAUAUCAAUCCAAUCAGACAACCGUCAGUAAUUGUCUCCCCAUUGUGAUGUACAGAUCACAGGGACUUGUCAUUUGAGACACCAACCUUUAUCAUAAGACAUUUUCUAACGUAAGUAUUUGAUGUGAAAUAUUUUAGAUGCAUAAAAGAAAUGUUAUUUCUAAGUGACUAGGCAUUUCUGUUUCUGUUAUAUCUUUAAAAACAUUCUGCCGGUCAGAAACUGUUUCUCAUUAGCAAGUCCCUGUGGUAGUGCGGGCUCGCACUUUAAAGAUGCGGGUAGUAUAGGAAUUUGUCAUCGUAUCGUUUAUAGUGCCAGCGUGUCUAUAAGCCAGUUAUUCACUCCAUUGUCCUUUAUUUCCCGACUGUUAAUACCUAUCGAUUUCCUCAGCGACUGCCCUCCUCUAGGGAAAGCCGUAUUAACUCCACGUAUCCAACUUAGAAACCCAGUACACGUAUAUAGCCAAUGCUUGGAGACUUGGAUAAUGUAUUCAUUUACAGAUGUUAUAAUUUCUUGUACGUGUACUAACAUAUAUUGACAUAUCGAGAAAUGUUGCAUAAUUGAGUGAUUCAUUCCAGAUCAACACGGCCUGCAAUUAUAUAUUAUUACAUUAUAUAUCUUGAUUAAAUUAAAUCCAUGUCGCUUUUGUUCUUUGUCUACGACUUCAAAAAUACUUCGGGACUUUGAAAUAGAAAAGUUAAAAAUAACAUGCUUUUAAAACUCGACUUAAGUCUUCACGCUCUUUCAAACAACUCGAUAAUUUCCAAAGGUAGUUGAAAUUCCAACGGAACCCGUGGAAAUGUCGAGCUGGGCUUCAAGAUAGUAAGAUAAUGACAUUGUCAAUUUUCUAGAGUUUACA